AUGGAGCUUCAAACUUGGAACAACACAUUUAGUUUCACUCUUCAAAUUGCUAAGUUUGAUGUCUCACCAGAAGCAGCUAAUUUUGUAUUUUUGGCUGGAUGUUUGAUAUAUAUUUUUGCUGUAUGUUGUAAUGUAACAAUUUUAGCAUUGAUUGUUACCCAGCAAAGUCUUCACAAACAAAUGUUUUACAUUUUGUUCAGCCUUCCUUUGACAGAUCUAAUAGGAAUCACUUGUGCCCUUCCAAGGGUGCUUGUGGAUAUUGUAGCUCAAACAAAUGUGGUCUAUUACCCCACAUGUGUCCUACAAGCCUUUUUGCUUCAUAUGUAUGGCGGUAGUGUACUUUUUAUCCUGGCAGCCAUGUCAUUUGAUCGCUACAUAGCGAUAUGCAAACCGCUCAGAUAUAAUUCGAUAAUGAAUCAUUAUACAGUUUGUGGAGUCAUAACUGCUGCUUGGGGCCUUGAUUUUGUCUUGAUUUUUGUGUUGUUUUCCUUACAGGCAAGAUUUCCAAAAUGUAAGGCAUUUAUUUUGAAUGUCUUUUGUGAUAAUUCAUCCUUGCUACAGCUUUCAUGUGAUGGUGAUUUUACUGUGAACAACAUCUAUGGGUUAGGAAUAACAGGACUGAUGCAGGCCAUUAGCGUGAGCAUUCAGGUAUUCUCUUAUGUACAAAUCCUUAAGGCCUGCAUUUAUCAUACACAACCUGAUGCCAGACUUAAAGCUUUAAACACAUGUUUAGCACAACUAAGUUCAUUUAUUAUGUUUGAAAUAGUUUCUAUUACUGCAAUACUUUCGUAUCGUUUUCAGAAUGUACACCCCAAUGCACGGAAGAUAUUUGGUAUGUUGACUUUCACAAUCCUUCCAAUUGUUAAUCCAAUUUUGUAUGGAGCCAAAACAAAAGACAUUAGAAAAGCGUUCUUCAUAGUUUUAAAAAAACAAAAGGUUAUGUUCACUUAA